UUGUGCUGUGAUUUUGUACAAACAGUUUAUUUACUUUAUUAAUUAAAAUUAGCACGUCGAGUCUUUUAUAAUAGCUCCUUCUAUACCUAUACUUUAAUUAGAAGACUGUUGAAAGCCAAAUUAAUCAUACGUCGUUUACAUUUUUUCUUUAUCGUAAUCUGCAAUGCAGAAUUUAAAUACCUCACACAUUAUCGUAAUUCGCACAAAUUAUUUUUAUAAAACGGUGUGCGCCUCGGUGCGAUAAAUAUUAUUUUGCCGCAUAUUGGUGCAUUGCUGGUGGCAUCAUGAAGCGUCAAAACGUCCGCACUCUGUCCCUGGUGGUGUGCACGUUUACAUAUUUGCUGAUCGGCGCAGCAGUUUUUGACGCUUUGGAAUCUGAAACUGAGAGCAAAAGAUGGGAAGUUCUUUCUGACAUGAGAAAUGGUCUUAUGCGCAAAUACAACAUAACGCCUGAAGAUUACCACAUGAUAGAGAUAGUUAUAAUAGAAAACAAGCCGCACAAAGCGGGUCCCCAGUGGAAGUUUGCUGGCGCAUUCUAUUUUGCAACUGUUGUGUUGGCUAUGAUCGGGUAUGGACACUCCACACCUGUGACUGUUGGGGGCAAAGCGUUUUGUAUGGCUUAUGCUAUGGUGGGCAUUCCCCUAGGACUUGUGAUGUUCCAGAGCAUAGGCGAGCGUUUGAACAAGUUCGCGUCAGUUGUGAUACGCAGGGCUAAGUGUUAUCUGCGGUGCGAGACCACGGAGGCCACAGAAAUGAACCUCAUGUUCGCCACCGGAAUGCUGUCUAGUAUUAUUAUUACUACAGGUGCCGCGGUGUUCUCUCGUUACGAGGGCUGGAGUUACUUUGACAGUUUCUACUACUGUUUCGUGACGCUGACAACCAUCGGGUUCGGGGACUAUGUGGCCUUACAGAACGACCAAGCGUUGACUAGUAAGCCAGGCUAUGUAGCCCUGAGCUUAGUGUUCAUCUUGUUCGGUCUUGCGGUGGUAGCUGCUAGUAUUAACUUGCUGGUGCUUCGGUUCAUGACCAUGCAAGCAGAAGAAAACGCCCGCGACGAAGAGAAAGAAGCCGCCCGAACCAUACUUCAACUUGAUGCGCACGGCGUCGAGGGCCGGCACCACGACGACCAGGCUUCGGUAAGCGACGUGUGCUCAUGCAACUGCCUGGGCAGCAAGGCGUGCGAGGGCGAGCUGCUGCCCGCCUCCACGCACACGGGCUCACUGGAGAUACUUGAACGAGCCUCCGUCUGAACACAUGGCAUCGGAGAAUCGGCCACUCAGUGGAGCUGAGUGAGAUUCAUUGCAAGAACAUCACCUUAACUACACAUACAUGAAUAGUUUGACACCUAUUUCCAGGGCCGUAGCUAGAGGAUAUGGCGCCCGGGGCAGUCACCAAAUUUGCGCCCCCUCACGACUGACAAAAGUUUCGCCUUUUGCCCAUUUUGGCGCCCCUCCUUGGAUGGCGCCCGGGGCACUUGCCCCCUCCCCCCCCACUAGUUACGCCACUGCCUACUUCCGUUUUCUGGGCGGGUAUGAGUAUCUUAGAUAGCAUUACACCUAAAAGCCUAUGGUCGUGUGAGGCACUCGAAACCGGCUCCCUAAAAUCUUGAAUAUGUUGGAAAAUAUAGUUAAAAUUUAAAUGGUAAUAAAUAAGGAUAACUGUCUUAACUUAGAUUAAGCGUAAAAGAUGAAGAUAAAAGGAAAGUAAUAAAACGCCGUUAGUUACUUGAGAAAUUGAAUGAAGUCAAUAAUUAGAGAUGUAAAUUAAUUAUAAUUACCUCGCCUCGGCGUCGAAUUUAACGUAAUUGUAAAUAAAAUUAAAAUAAAGUAUUAAAUGAAUACUAAAAUGACGAUGAUAAAAGAAUUUGAAAUUAUUAAACCAGAGAGUUUUAACCAGUGGCGGCGUAACGCAAGUUGGUACCAGGGCGGUCUUUUAUUGAGCACCCCAAAAUAUAGUUAAAAUUGGGUAGGCUGGUAAGUGCAGGUAUGUAUGCAAUC